AUGUCCGACACCUGCAUUGUCUGUUUAGGAGACCUUGGCGAAAGCGCCAGUGAUCCCGCCGAACCCGUGCCAAGACCCCAUCUCUACGAUGCUACAACGGUCAAGGAGGGUCUCGAUGAGGAUCCGGGUCAGAUUGCCCAAUUAUUGCCGUGUGGCCAUAUACUGCACAAUAAUUGCCUAAAGCCAUGGGUGGAGCGGGCGAACAGUUGCCCUAUAUGUCGUCGCAGCUUCAACAUGGUUGAGCUGAGCGACCGACCUGGAGGUCAGGUCACCUCAUCCUAUGCCGUUCAAGACCGGGUGCAAGUCGCUGAGGUGGAUCCGACCAUGCUGAUCGACUAUAUCGAAGAUGAUCUCGCUGAUUCCCAGCCAUGUACAUUGUGCGGAGAAGCGGACAACGAAGACGUCUUGCUCCUUUGUGAUGGAUGCGAUGCUCCCUCCCACACAUACUGCAUAGGUCUGGAUGGAAUCCCCGCUGGGUCGUGGUACUGCUCCACAUGCGAGUUUCAACGGGCGCUUGGACCGGCUAUUGAAGGAUCCAGUCGCCCCGCUCGUACAACUGAGAGAGGAACACAUCGAACUCGAGCUCAGCAGCGACGGGUCCAGAGCCGGAACCAAGCCAACUCAGUACACUGGGCACGGGUAUGGCAGUCUGUUUGGGACCAUCUUAAUAUCGACCUGGACUUCCCAUUUGACGACGAUCGCUCCGCUCAGCGGAUUCUGCAACAACGUCGCCGGGAAGAAGCCAACCAGCGUGAGUUUCGAGCAUGGCAACGCCGGUUCGAGGUCGCUGAGCGACAGGGAGGCGGCAGUCGGUUUCGCGAUACAGCUGCGCUCUUUGAUUUGGAACCUGCUCGGCAAUCCCGACCUAGAGUUCCCAGAGUACCAACACCUGAGCCUGAGUCCUUGGAAGAAAUGCGCGCUUGGAACGCAUUUGAAAGGGCUCGUGAGAUUGAGAACAAUCCAAGUGCUGCCCGGAAGCGCAAAGAACCGACCAUGUCUCCAUCCCCUGAGCCGUCGGAACCGCGGCGGAAGUUAAAACGUCCACGCACGAGACGACCGCAGGAACUCGCUGCCAUGGCUCAUCAAAAUGGCGAAUCCUCCAGAGCUGCGAGUUCAAAUGUACGAGUCAACGGGGAUAGCGUCGGUGGACCGAGCUUCUUGUCCUCUCUCUUGAAGGAAGUGGAAGAUGCAUCCCCACCGAGCCAUGGUACCUCUAUUGGGCCCUCUGCCACGGCAUCUGUUGCCCCUACCGAUCAUGUUACCCCUGGCCCAUCCUCUCCAUCCAUCUCCCCCGUUUCUUCCAACCACCCUUCUCCUCAACUUGCGUCCACCACUCCACCUCCUUUUUCCCGCAAUCGACCCAUCUCUCCCCUUCAGCUCUCCUCUCCAGCUGAACCUUCUUCGCCUCCAUUCUCACCCGAGAUCUCCUUCUCUGGCAGUCCCGAUGCUUCUCCUACUUCGGACGAUGCCGCGCCACGACGCGAAGCGGCACGUCCACGCUCACGUAUUCCUCGACGAGCCCUCGAGUUAGCCCAAUCUCGAUCAUCACCAGAAACAUCACCCAGCCGGCACGGUCCUUCCCUUGCCGUUAAAUCCGCCAUUCAGAAGAUGGUCGGAAAUUCGUUAAAGCCCCAUUACCGCGCCAAGAUGGUGACCAAAGAACAAUAUACCGAGAUCAACCGAACAAUUUCCAGAAAGCUCUAUGAGCGCAUCGGAUCUGUCGAGUCACUAAAUCUCCAAUCCCGUCUUGACUUAGAACAAGUCGCAAAACGGGAAGUGCAGAGAACUGUCGACUCUCUGCCCAACAACAGGAAAGAUAAACAACCCAUGGUGACAUCUGACAGCGAUGGCGACAUACAAUGA